AUGGCUCUCAAAGACCUAUGGCAACAAUACUUCGUCCAACUCGUUUUGCGACAAUCCCCACUCGUUCCAUCUUCCAACGGCCGCCAGAUUCCAUUGCAGUUAGGCCGCCAACAGCCCCUUUGGGACGAGCGACGCAAUGCCCCAUAUAUCUCCAACGCAAUCCGUACGUCGCGGUACACCGUAUUUGACUUUCUUCCUCGUCAGAUCUUCUAUCAAUUCUCGCGUCUCGCCCACGCCUACCUUUUGGUGGUAGCCAUUCUCCAGGUUAUCCCGGGGCUCAGCACCACAGGAAAACUCACCACCCUUAUUCCUCUAGUCAUCUUCGUUGUCCUCGUCAUUACCAAGGAAGGCUACUAUGACUGGAAACGUCAUAGGGCGGAUGUUGCUGAGAACUCCCGACUGGCCUCUGCGCUUAGGAACAGCGCGCCUGGAGGCCAUCUCGACUGGGUUGCAGUGAAGUGGGAGGCCCUGGAAGUUGGAGAUGUCAUCAUUCUCUCUAGGGACGAUGAUGUCCCGGCAGACAUUGUUCUUCUCUUUGCCAGCGGCGACAACGGAUUUGCACAUAUAGAUACGAUGGCUCUUGACGGCGAAACAACCCUCAAAGCCAAGCAGUCGCCUGCCAAUCUUCCCGACUGCAGCACCAUAGAAGGCAUCGCGACUUGUCAGGCCCACUUCAGUAUCGAGGAUCCAAACGCCGACCUUUAUCGGUUCGAGAGCUCUGUCACCGCCGGCGGAAAGACACUACCAGUCAAGCUCGACGAAGUCAUAUACCGAGGCUCUACAAUUCGCAACACACCAGACGUUGUUGGUCUUGUCGUUAACACAGGCGAGGAGUGCAAGGUUAGGAUGAACGCAAACAAGGACGUCAAACCCAAGAAGCCGUAUCUCGAACACGCGACCAAUUACAUCGUCCUUUGUCUCAUGUCAUACGUGCUUGCUCUCUCGACGGUUAGCACCCUCGGGUACUUUAUGAGUUGGAAACCUAGCCAAGAGGAUAGGGCCUGGUACCUCUCGGGAGCAACCGUCCCAUUUGUCGAAAUCUUUCUUGGAUUCAUCAUCAUGUUCAACCAAGUUAUCCCGCUCUCACUAUACAUCGGAAUUGAGGCCAUUAAGCUGGGACAAAUGUCUUUGAUCAUUAACGACUUGGCUCUGUAUGACGAGAACACCGACACGCCGGCUGGAGUCAAUACCACCAACAAUCUCGACGAUCUUGGGCAGAUCAGCUACAUCUUCACCGACAAGACUGGCACGCUCACCGAGAACGUGAUGAAUCUCCGCAGACUGAGUGUGGCAGGCACAAGCUGGCUUCACAGGAUGGACAUGUCAGAGGCAGAGGCUGGAAGCUACAGGGACUCCCCAACGACCGAGGACAUGCUGGAGUACAUACGAACCCGGCCUACUUCCGCCUUCUCCGUCAAAGCUGUUCGGUAUCUGCUCGCCGUGGCACUCUGUCACACAUGUAUCCCCGAAGCCACUGACAAUGGUGAUAUCGAGUAUCAAGGUUCUUCUCCUGAUGAAGUUGCCCUAGUCCGUGCCGCCAAGGAGAUGGGGUUUAUCGUUACCCAGAGAUCCUCACAGUCCGUCACUGUCAGCAUCCUAGGAUCUACUGGUCGGCCCGAUGUGCAAGUUUUUCAGAUCCUGGAUGUUAUCGAAUUCGAGAGCGACCGCAAGAGAAUGUCCAUUAUCUUGCAGCGCCCCGACGGGUGUAUCUGGCUGGUCUGCAAAGGCGCCGACACUGUUCUACUUCCGCGCCUUGCCGAAGCCCCUGAGGAUAUGAAAGAGUGGCAGCAAGGUUCCUUCGAUUCCGGCAACAGCAAACUAGGCCCUUCAGUAGAAGCAGAGAAUCGUUGGAGCGGAAAUUACCGUCCGGGAACUGCAUCAACAACGGAUGAAAGUGGUACAAGCUUCCUCUGUCGAGGCCAAGCCAACAACGCCAACGAAGAAUUCAUCCCGCUGAGGCCGCGCCCAUCACACAACGAAACUCCAGGUUCGACAACUCAAACAUCAGGAAAGCCUCACCGUGAGUUGCUGGAUAAUGUUGGAGAUAUAGAUGCUUCGGAUGUCAUUCGUCGUUGCUUCAAACAAGUUGAUCAGUUUGCUGUUGAGGGCCUCCGCACGCUCAUUUAUGCCGACCGGUUCAUCUCACCUGCCGAGUACCGAGCAUGGAAGCGGCAGUUCAGUGAAGCAGAGACAAGUCUUCAAAAUCGGCAGCAGCGCAUCACUGAAGUCAGCGAGCUGAUCGAGCACUCCUUUAGUCUCAUCGGUGCCUCAGCUGUUGAGGACAAGUUGCAAGAUGGAGUUCCUGAGACAAUCGAGAAGCUUCGCCGUGCCAACAUCAAGAUCUGCAUGCUCACGGGUGACAAGCGCGAGACUGCUAUCAACAUCGCCCAUUCAACACGGAUGUGCGGUCCUGGGUCCUCCAUCUACGUCGUUGAUGUUGCCAAGGGUGAUAUAAAGCUUCAACUGACGGCCAUUGCGGACAAAGUUGACUUUGGCCAAGACACUCAGUAUCCUGAAGAGACUUCCGGUCAUGCGGCUAUCGUUGUUGAUGGAAAAACUCUCACUGCUAUCGAAGAGCCUUCGGCUAUCGACCUCCGUCGACUCUUUUAUCGUCUGGCCCAGUCAGUAGACUCGAUCAUCUGCUGCCGCGCGUCUCCCUCUCAGAAAGCCCUUCUCGUCACCUCAAUUCGCGAUGGUCCGCCUCCCGAGACCCAGCCAUCUCGAACCCAAAAGAUCAUGUCUUUCUUCCGCGGCACCAGAAAGCCGUUGACCUUGGCCAUAGGGGACGGCGCCAAUGACGUUUCCAUGAUCUUGACCGCGAGUGUUGGAGUUGGAAUCUCCGGAAAGGAAGGUCAGCAGGCUUCUCGGGUAGCCGACUUUAGUAUCUCCCAGUUCCGAUUUCUCUCCCGACUUAUCCUCGUCCAUGGGAGGCACAACUACCAUCGCACCACCAUGUUCAUAUUGACCACCUUCUGGAAGGAGAUAUUCAUCUAUCUGCCCCAAGCUCUUUUCCAAGAUCGAGCUGGUGUUACAGGAACCAGCUUGUACUAUCCGUCCAGCUUGAUCUUUGUCAGCUUCCUUACCGCUGCGUCUAUGGUCAUCAUCGGAACCUGGGAACAAGACCUCAAUGCCCGCACUCUAGAGACAGUUCCAGAGCUUUACGCCUACGGACAGAGAGGCGAGGGACUGAAUAUUGCCACGUUUGUUUCUUGGGUCGGCAACGCCUUCUUUGCUGGGCUUUUGGUGUUCCAGGCCUCGUUCAUGGGCUAUGCUGACGCCGACAUCAUCGACGACAAUGGACUAUUUGCUCAAGGUACACUGGUAUUCAUCGCUUGUAUUAUUUGGAUCAACUGCAAGAUCUUGAUUUUCGAGAUGCACCACAAAACUACCAUCGCUAUUUGGAGUGCCAUUGGAAGCAUCGCUGCGCUCUGGGCCUACCAGCUGAUCAACACCUUGAUUUCUGGCGCGGAUUCCACUCCAUACGUUGGAAAGGAAGGCCUGAUCAAGACAUUCGGACGUGACCCUGCCUGGUGGAUGACAUUCAUCUGGAUCAUGCUCUCCCUGAUCCUGGUUGAGACCAUUCUUAGGUCUUUCAAGCAACAUGGUCUAUUCCGUGCACUGUUGGCGCGGUGCUGGCCUUUUGGUAACCAGCCAGGUGUUGGUGGAGGUGUUCGCGAGGGAUUUCGGGACUGGGAAACGCGUCUCUGGCAAGAGAUGGAGAAGGAUCCAGUAGUGCAGAGACAUCUCGCAAAGUUGCACAGCGAGUAG